AUGCGUCGUGUCGUCGUGACGGGUUUAGGCGCGGUUACGCCGCUGGGUGUUGGUAUUCGUCGCACUUGGAGCCGCUUGUUGGAGGGUCAUUGCGGCAUUAUUAAUGUGAAUCAUCGCGAUGCGAGGUUCAAGGACCAACCGUGUCAGAUUGCGGCUGUCGUGCCGAAGGGGAGUAGGGAUGAGGGUGGCUGGAUGGCUUCGGAGUGGCUGAGUCGUGGGGAGGGGCGCAAGAUGGCUACGUUUGCGCAAUAUGCGAUGGCUGCAACGGAAGAGGCUUUGGGGGAUGCGGGAUGGAAGCCUGAGCCUUUUGAGCAGAGGGAAGCUACGGGUGUCUGUCUCGGCUCUGGGAUCGGGAACUUUGAGGAGAUCUAUGACACUGUUGUCGCGUAUGAGAAAGGCGGCUACAAAAAAGUGAACCCGCUGUUUGUACCCAAGUUGCUCAUCAACCUGGGCGCUGGCCACAUCUCUAUGAAAUAUGGAUUCAUGGGACCGAACCACGCAGCAACGACUGCUUGCACGACUGGCGCCCACUCCAUCGGCGAUGCAGCCCGCUUCAUUGCAUGUGGUGACGCCGAUGUGAUGGUUGCCGGCGGCGCUGAAUCUUGUAUCCACCCACUGGCUAUCGGCGGCUUUGCUCGAGCCCGCAGUCUUGCCACCGACUUCAACGAUAGCCCAGAGAAGGCGUCGCGGCCAUUUGAUGCUGACCGCCGCGGGUUCGUCGUCGGUGAAGGUGCGGCAGUAAUCAUUCUCGAGGAAUUGGAGCAUGCUCGCGCUAGAGGCGCAAACAUCUACGCUGAGCUCAGGGGAUACGGCUGCUCCAGCGAUGCACACCACAUGACAGCCCCCAAAGAAAACGGCGAGGGUGCCUAUAUGGCAAUGAAAAAGGCGCUGAAACAAGCCCAGUUGCCCCCUUCAGCCGUCGACUAUGUCAACGCACAUGCAACUUCAACUAUUGUUGGCGAUUCGGCUGAAAAUGCCGCUAUCAAGUCCCUCCUUUUAGGCCCGGAUGGCAAGCAGAAGGCAGCAGAUGUCAACGUGAGCAGCACCAAGGGUGCUGUCGGACACCUUCUCGGCGGUGCCGGCGCCGUGGAGGCUGUUUUUAGUAUUCUUGCUAUCCAAAAUGGUGUUAUGCCGCCUACUAUUAAUUUGAAUCGCUUGGCGGAUGGCUUCGACUGCAAUUAUGCGCCACAUCAUGCGCAAAAGCGGCAGAUCAAUGUUGCCUUGACGAAUAGUUUCGGAUUUGGAGGGACGAAUAGCUCGUUAUGCUUUGCGAAGCUUGAAAAGUGA